AUGAAUUUGACAGGAACUUUCAACAAUGGCUCUCAGAUAUCAGACUACAGCGAAAGGGUGAUGUACAUUCUCACCCUGAUCUUCUUCAUCUUGACUUUACCUUGCUUCUGUUUUUUUCUCUACUUCAUCUCCAUUAUUUUGAUUAUCUACUUCACCACCCCUCGGGUCAGAGAGACCUCCCGUUACAUCCUUUUUGCCCACAUGCUGGUCAAUGAUGUAUUGUAUCUUUUCUUGGGUCUCCUUCUCUCCUUUGCUUAUGGAUUAUUUUACAUUCCACCGCCAGUUUGCUACUUCCUCCUCACUCUUACCACUGCCACAUUUAGGGUCACACCAUACAACUUGGCAGCCAUGGCCCUUGAACGCUACUUAGCCAUUUGCUUCCCACUGAGAUACGCAAUGUUUUGUACAGUUAAAAGGUCUUAUUCUGUGAUCACAGCAAUGUGGUUCCUUGGAUUACUUCCUAAUGCAGCCGAUUUAGCCAUCCUCAGCGCCUCUGUAGAGAGGAGUUAUUUCUCCCAGAGACUCUUGUGUAAGCAGGAAUGGUUCAUAGUCAAGCCUAUGCAGGAAACCAUAAGGUCCUUCUCCCUGUUAGGUAGUUUAUUCAUGGUGGCUCUCAUCAUUCUUUAUACCUACAUCAAAGUUAUGUUGAUCGCUCGGAAGAGUGGUUCCAGUUCAUCUUCGGCCUCCAAAGCUGUGAGAACUUUAAUGCUCCAUGCGUUUCAGCUUUUCCUAUCCAUAGUAUCUUUGCUUUCUAUUGUUACAGAGUUCUAUGGAGGUAUGUAUCUGGUCAUGUUCAAUUUUGUGGUCUUCAUGUGUUUGCCAAGGCUUUUAAGUCCUCUUAUCUACGGUAUCCGAGAUGAAGUGUUCAGCAAAUGCAUUAGGAAGAUGCAUUCUACCAUCUAUGACAAGACUGUGCAAAAAAUUCUGAUUUUUGAAAAUAAAAAAAAAUAA